AGAAGUGUCAAUUAAAAUCAAACAGACCGACACCUAACAUUGCAUUGGAAUAUAAAGAAGGUAAAUUCAUUAGAAAAUUUCAAUAUAGUUGGUAUACUAAAUUUCCAUGGCUAACUGGUUGUGAUAAGCUAAAUAAAGUGUUUUGUUUUUAUUGUGUAAUUUUUGGGGGAGAAAAAGAAUGGACUAUCGAUGGAAUAUCGUCAAUAAAAAAUUUUAUAAGAAAAUCAGAAAAACAUUCUAUAUCUAAAAAGCAUUUGAUAAAUCAAGAAAAAUUCCAUCUUUUAGGAAAAGUUCGAAUUGAACAUGCUAUUUCGGUAGGUCGACGAUUAGCUGCUAUAAAACAUAAUGAACAAGUUUCUAUAAAUAGACGUUUAAUAGCACGUAUGAUCCACGUUGUUUGUUUUUUGGGAAAACAAGAGCUUGCCUUUCGUGGGCAUCGGGAACACGACGAAUCUUUAAAUAAAGGGAAUUAUCUUGAGUUACUUGAUCUACUCGCUCAAGAAGAGCAUUUACUUAAGGAUCAUUUUUUGUCAUCGUCAAUAUUUAAAGGCACAUCUAAGAUAAUACAAAAUGAUUUAAUUGAGAGUGUCACUACAGUUUUAAAUUCAAAAAUUUUUAAGGAAAUACAAACUGCUAAUUAUAUAUCUAUUCAAGCAGAUGAAACCACUGAUGUUGAUAAAACGGGAUCUGGAUUAGCAGAUGUAAUAUUGUCCGUGAUUAAAAAAUGGGAUUUAGGAAAUAAAAUAAUUGCACAGACAUACGAUGGAGCAUCAGUUAUGUCUGGAACAAAAAAUGGCGUACAAAGUCUUAUUAAGAAUAUUUAUCCAAAUGUAUUAUUUAUUCAUUGCUAUGCUCAUCAGUUGAACUUGGUAUUUAGGUCUUCUAAAAGGAGUGAGUUACUAAGACAACAGGGCUUUAAACUUCCAAAUCAUUCUGAUACUAGGUGGAAUUAUCAUUCAAGAGCUGCUUCCACAAUUAAAACCCAUUUUAUAGAAUUAAAAAAUGCUUUUACACAUGUAAUUGAAGAACCAAACUGGGACCAUAUUUCUAUUUCUACAGCAUCAGGUAUUUUAGAUAAACUUAAUGAUGCACAAUUUGUAUUUGAAGAUACUUCGGAAUUAGAAUUCGUAGAGCUUACAAAUGAAAAAAUGUUUGAUAUCUACCACAACACUUUUCCCGAAUGCAAGUUGAUUAAGUUAUUAAAACAAUACCCUAAUAUUUUUGAAGAAAAUCGUUUGCGUAAUGAAUUGUCCGUCAUUUAUUCAGAUAAAAAUAAACAUCUCCCUCCUCAUAAACUACUUGAUUUAAUAAUAAAAAAUAAUUUACAAGAAAUUUAUUCCCAGUUCACUAAACUAUGUCAAUUAGUUUUAACAAUACCGGCCACUACUGCAUCUAGUGAACGUUCUAUGAGUACGUUAAAGCGUAUAAAGAGCUUUUUAAGAAAUACAAUGACAAACGAGCGACUUACAAAUUUAUCAUCAUUGGCAAUUGAAAAAAAUUUACUGGGCGUUAUGGCAAAGGACCCGACAUUUGUGGAAAGUAUUAUUGAUGAUUUUGCGAAGAAAAAAGAAAGAAGAAUUGAAUUAGAAUAUAAAAUAAUAUAA